GGGCGGCCCGGGCGCGGCGGCGAUGGCGGCGGCCGGCCCGGAGCGGCCGCGCUUGUGGCAGGAGGCGGCGGCGCUGGCGGGCGCGGUGCGCGGCGCGCUGGGGCCGCGGGGCGGGCGGGCGCUGCUGCUGCGGCCCACGGGCGAGGCGGUGCCGACGCGGGACGGGCGGCGGCUGCUGGAGGCGCUGAGCGUGGAGCCGCCCGCGGCCAGGAUGAUGGCGGCCCGCGCCUGCAGCCACCGCGCCGCGACGGGGGACGGCGCCAAGAGCUUCGUGCUGCUGCUGGCGGCCGUGCUGGGCGGGCUGCGGGCGGCGGGCGGCGGCGCCGGGCUGCGGCGGGCGCUGCGGGACUUCGAGACUCGAGUGCUGGAGCGGGCGGCGGCGCGGGGGCUGCGGCGGCACCUGCGGGCGGCGCCGCCCGGGUCGCUGGAGCCGCUGCUGGAGCCGUACCUGGCCGGCCGGCUGGGCCCCGGCGAGCGGCGGCUCCUGGCGCGGCUCUGCGCCGAGAUGUGCCGGCGCUGCGCCCCGGCCGCCGCCGCUCGCCCGCAGGUGCUGCGGCUCCUCGGCCGGCGGUUCGAGGAGCUGCACGCCGCCGUGCCCGGCCUGCCCCUGGCGAGCUCCAGGGUCCUGCCCGGCAUCGUCCUCCGGAGGGACUUCGCUGCCUACUGCCCGACGGACGGGGAGCUGCGGGCCCUGCUCGUCACCGAGCCCCUGCGGCCCGCCCUGGCGGCCCCCGGUGUCGAGUUUGUUGUAGACUCCGAAGGUCAGUAUCAGGCUUCCCUGCGCUGGAUCACUGAGAGGACAGAAGCCUUAAUGAAGCACUUCCAGAGUAACAAUGUUAAGCUGUUACUGUCGAGUGUGAAGCAAGAAGAAAUAGUUAUCUACUACGCCAAAUUAUAUGGUGUGUCUGUGGUAGAAUGCUUAUCAUCGGAAGAAAUGGCCCUUAUCAGUGAAAUCACUGGUGUCUCCCCUUACGUGCCUUUUGGUGAUAGCAUGGACCGAGAAAUAACCGAAACUGCAGUGGUAACGUUUUGCCAGCCCUUACUGCUCGUCUCCAAGAGAUGUGUCCACAUUGGCUUCGCCAGCGUGUGUGCCUUCCAGCCCCACUGCCUGAUCCUGUGUGGGCCGGUCGAUGGCGUUAAUGAGCAACACGCUGCUGCUUUGCAAGAGGCCUUCAAAAUGCUGCAGCAGCUGUUUAAAACACUUGAUCAGAGGCAGGAAUGGAAAGCGGAAGGUGAAAGCCAGAGCAAUACUUGUAAGAGUAACCAGGUUUCUGAAUGUCAGCUGAAAGCACUUAGUGAUGAAACAGAGAGGAAAAUUUUUGACCCUGAUAAAAGUGAUCUGCUGAUCCACAAUCAAAAGAAUCACAGCACUGCUGUGUUAGUGGCACAUAACACUGAUGCAGUCGCUGCCUGUGAGUGCCUGGAUGUUGGCAAAGGUCUAGAGAAAACAUGUUGCCAUAUAGUUCCAUUUAAACAGGAGGAGAGUCGUGCAGGUAUUGCACAGGAUUACUCCAGCUGCCUCAUAGAAGCGGGAUCAGUUUUGCCAGUAGGAGGUUACUUUGAAAUCCUGUUACAUUAUUAUAUUCGGCAUUAUGCAAAACGGUGUCAGCAGUCAGAGGUAACAGUUGUAUCUAACGUGGUUGCUGAUGCUUUGCUAAGUAUUCCCAAGGCCUUGUAUGGGACAGCAGAACGAGGUAGAUUUACCAAAUUCUAUCUUGAAGCCAUUAAUUUACUCCAGAAAAAUCAGCCACUGCCUGUAAACGAUGAAGGCUUAGAGUCAGUGUAUUGCAAAUACCAGUUAGUCAUUUCAGUUCUUCAUUGUGUUACAGAGCUUCUCUCCAUAGACUUAGUAAUUGGUAUUAGGCGGCCACUCCAGAAAAUUGAGGAUCGUGACUCAGAAGAUGACACUUGAAAGCAUUAAUAAAGAAUGAUUUUUAUA